AUGCAGAUAACUGCAGUGCAACAUCUGUUCCCUACACUGCCUCCUGCCCACCAUGGCCUCCAGUGACAAGAACGGCGACAGCAUGUCUGUGCCAGGCAGCCGCCUACAGAGCCGGAAGCCCCCAAACUUGUCCAUCAUCAUCCCUCCAACCGACACCCUGGCCCCCAGCGAGCAGACCAGCACCCUGCUGCAGAAGCCAAGGAAUCCUGCCUACCUGAAGAGCGUCAGUCUGCAGGAGCAUCGGCUAUGGCGUGGUGGCAGCCAGGAGAAGGGACCCGGCCUACGGCGCCAGGCCUCGCUGUCCCAGAGCAUCCGCAAGGGCACAGCACAGUGGUUCGGGGUGAGCGGAGACUGGGAGGCCAAGCGGCAGCACUGGCGGCGCCGCAGCCUGCACCACUGCAGCGUGCGCUACGGGCGCCUCAAGGCCUCCUGCCAGCGCGACCUGGAGCUGCCCAGCCAGGAAGCACCGUCCUUCCAGGGCACCGAGUCGCCCAGGCCCUGCAAGAUGCCCAAGAUCGUGGACCCGCUGGCCCGGGGCCGGGCCUUCCGCCACCCAGACGAAGUGGACCGGCCGCAUGGGCCGCACCCGCCGCUCACACCUGGGGUGCUGUCCCUCACCUCCUUCUCCAGCAUCCGCUCUGGCUACUCUCACCUGCCCCGCCGCAAGAGGGUGUCUGUGGCUCACAUGGGCCUACAGGCUGCAGCCGCACUUCUCAAGGGUCGUUCAGUGCUGGAGGCUACUGGCCAGCGGUGCACGGCGGUCAAGCGCAGCUUUGCCUACCCCAGCUUCCUCGAGGAGGAUGUGGUGGACGGCGCCGACACCUUCGACUCCUCCUUUUUCAGUAAGGAAGAAAUGGGCUCCAUGCCUGAUGAUGUGUUCGAGUCCCCCCCACUCUCAGCCAGCUACUUCCGUGCCAUCCCACGCUCGGCUUCCCCAGUGUCCCUCGACGGCGUGCAGGUACCCCUGAAUGAGUGCAGCCGAGUCCCGGCCGCCCGCCGUGGCCAGCGGCUGACAUCCAAGGUCAAGUACUUCGCCUUCAACCGCAAGCGGCGGCACUACGGGCUAGGUGUGGUGGGUGGCUGGCUCAACCGUACCUACCGCCGGAGCAUCAGCAGCACUGUGCAGCGACAGCUGGAGAGCUUCGACACCCACCGGCCCUACUUCACCUACUGGUUGACCUCCGUGCACAUCAUCAUCACGCUGCUGGUGAUCUGCACCUACGGGGUGGCACCUGUCGGCUUUGCCCAGCAUGUCACCUCCCAACUGGUGCUCAGGAACAAAGGUGUGUAUGAGAGCGUGAAAUACAUCCAGCAGGAGAACUUCUGGAUUGGUCCCAGCUCGAUCGACCUCAUCCACCUGGGAGCCAAGUUCUCGCCCUGCAUCCGGAAGGACCUGCAGAUCGAGCAGCUGGUGAAGCGUGAGCAGGAGCAGGAACGGGAGUCGGGCUGCUGUGUGCAGAACGACCACUCUGGCUGCAUCCAGACUCUACGGCAGGACUGCUCGGAGACUUUGGCCACUUUUGUCAAGUGGCAGGAGGACACUGGGCCCCCCAUGGACAAGUCGGACGGAGACCAGAGGCGGACCUCGGGGGCCGUGUGUCAACAGGACCCCAGAACUUGCGAGGAGCCAGCUUCCAGCGGGGCCCACAUCUGGCCCGAUGACAUCACCAAGUGGCCGAUCUGCACAGAGCAGGCCCGCAGCAACCGCUCGGGCUUGCUGCACAUGGACUGCCAGAUCCGCGGCCGCCCUUGCUGCAUCGGCACCAAAGGCAGCUGUGAGAUCACCACGCGAGAGUACUGCGAAUUCAUGCACGGCUACUUCCACGAGGAGGCCACGCUCUGCUCCCAGGUUCACUGCUUGGACAAAGUGUGCGGACUUCUGCCUUUCCUCAACCCUGAGGUCCCCGACCAGUUCUACCGCCUCUGGCUGUCUCUGUUCCUUCAUGCGGGCGUGGUGCACUGCCUGGUGUCCGUGAUCUUCCAAAUGACCAUCCUGAGGGAUCUGGAAAAGCUGGCCGGCUGGCACCGCAUCUCCAUCAUCUUCGUGCUCAGCGGCAUCACAGGCAACCUGGCCAGCGCCAUCUUCCUCCCAUACCGGGCAGAGGUGGGCCCGGCUGGGUCCCAGUUCGGCCUGCUGGCCUGCCUCUUCGUGGAGCUGUUCCAGAGCUGGCAGCUGCUGGAGCGGCCCUGGAAGGCCUUCCUGAACCUGUCGGCCAUCGUGCUCUUCCUCUUCGUCUGUGGCCUGCUGCCCUGGAUCGACAACAUCGCCCACAUCUUUGGCUUCCUCAGCGGCCUGCUGCUCGCCUUUGCCUUCCUGCCCUACAUCACCUUCGGCACCAGCGACAAGUACCGCAAGCGUGCCCUCAUCCUGGUGUCCCUGCUGGUCUUCGCCGGCCUCUUCGCCUCGCUUGUCAUCUGGCUGUACGUCUACCCCAUCAACUGGCCCUGGGUCGAGCACCUCACCUGCUUCCCCUUCACCAGCCGCUUCUGCGAAAAGUAUGAGCUGGACCAGGAGCUGCACUGACUUGCCUGCCCAGGUGCCCGCCCAGCGCAACACCCCAACCAGCCCCAAAACCUGGCCCAUCCCUGUCACACCUUGCCCUGGCUCCACCUGGCAGGCCCCCCCAUGUCA